AUGACGGUCUCUUUAUUACUAAUAGCAUCACUACUAUUACCUCAUUGUAUGAAUGUUGAAGCACGAAAUUCAGCUCUUUGUUAUUUAUCAUAUCGACCAGCAGCCGAAUUACUUGAGUUUGCUCAACAGUUGGCUGAAGAUGCAAUACAAUAUGGUGUUGAGAUAUUUAUUAUGGUCGACGAUAAUAAUUUUAAUAUUUCUGCCAUAAAUACUUCAUCUAAUGUUAGACUACUUCAAAUUUCAAGAGAGAAAUGUCUUCGACACAACUAUCACAAAGCCAUUAAUACAGGAGGCACAUGGCAAUAUAUCACAUCAUGGGACAAAGCUCUUCUCUAUUUUUGUGCACUCAAUCAAAACUAUUCAUUUGUUUGGUUCUUAGAAGAAGAUGUGUUUAUUCCAAGUGUUCAAGCAUUUCGUUCACUGCAUGAGCUUUAUUCGAAUACCACUGAUUUAAUUGUUCCUCGGCAUGAACUUAAUUUAAUAGGUUCUGAUGGACUGUGGCUAUGGAUAAUGGCAUCAGGAAAAUUUCUUCCACCUUGGGCUUGUUCAAUGGCCAAUGCAGUGGGAUUCAGUCGGCGAAUGCUUAUAGCUAUGGAUCAAUUUGUUCAAUGGUUAGGUGAAGUACCAUUUCAUGAAUUCUUUUUCAAUACAUUAGCGGUGCAAUUAAACUUCACCAUCGUCACACCAACUGAGUUGAACACUAUUGAAUAUGCAAAAGUGUUUUUUUACAAAGAUAUACGCGAACAACCUAAUAACAUGUGGCAUCCAAUUAAAGAUUUUCCCAAAGGAAAAAUGUGGCGAACAAGUUUGGUUAACGAAACUUCAAAGCAUAAUAAUACUUUUGACUUGGAUAAUCUGGAAAUGUUGUGUCAUGGGAAUCAAACUAUGACAAAUAUUGAACAACAUUUGAAAGAUUUAUUUGUUCGAUUUGAAAUAAGUAAAAGCAACUUUUCAUCAAAUGUUCGUCGUUUAUGGCGUCAACGUUUUUCUGAUCUUGCUGAAGAAUGUCAAAAACGAAAUGUCUCCCAAGAAAUCGUAUCAUUUGCAAUCAAACUUGCUGAUCAUGCUUAUAAAUUGCCUGAACCUCCAGUACCAGAAUUGGUGAGAAUAAAAAGCACAAAUCAUAUCAGAUUAGAACGAGAAAUUAACGAAAUGAAACAAGCUAUUUAUCAAUCUUCAUCGAAUUCUACGACUGUAACGGAGCUACGAAAACAAGCAACUAAUUUAAUAAAAAAGUUGACAGUCGAAAUACGACAAGAAAUUGUAGAAGAAGAAAAACUGCGAAAACAGACAACCACAUUAUCAACAUUAUCAAUAACUUCUUCGUUUUCAACUACUACUACUACUACUACCACCAUUCGUUCGUUUUCCAUAGCGAAUACUACUAUUUCUUCGUUAUCUUCUUCCACUCAAGUGACCAUUGUCAUGGUAAAUGGACAAUUAGACAAAGUACAAAGACAACAUGACCACCAAAUGUUUGAUCGUGUUAAAACUAGUGCAAAACUAUUUUCGAUAUUAUGUGUUUUGUAUAUAUUAUUCGUACUUUUCAAGUGGAAAAACAUACAACGUAUCUGGGUGUGCUUAAAUCAAUUCAAAAACAGAUCAGCCUAUCUCUUAACGAAAAGACAAAUUAAACUGCUAUUCUCAACUCUUACUUUUCAGCAACCGAACACAAGUCGAAAACUAAAUUUUAUAUAA